AUGGAAUCGGCUCGUCGUCGAGCAGAAGAAGAGAGGAGACGAGCGGAACACAGCAGAAUCGAGGAGGAUAGGAGACGAGCUGAGUUACUAGCUGAACAAGAACGAAUACAGUUCGAACUUGAUCGAGCUGCUGCUGCCAGACCAACUCCUCAGCAAAUAAAAGAAGAAGAGAUUGAUGUAGAGGUAGAGGAUGUUACCCGUGUUGGUGACGUCACUGAAGCUGAUGAAGAUCUAAACGGAAGUGUUGAAGUAUCACAAUAUCCAGAGCGUCUACCGCCUCCACGUGCUCUACUUCCAGAAGAAUUUGAACAGCUCGACAAGUGA